AUGAAUAAAUAUAGCACACGAUUUAAAGAUUCAGUUUUAGAAAAAUAAUAUUUAAUCCAUAAAGUUUAAGUAAUAUAGUUUCCAAUACUAACUUAUUUGACUAUUGGUGGCACUAUUUUAUUACUUGCAAAUUCAAUUAUCAAUUUGAUAAACAUUGAUUACAUAAAUGCACUAAUUACAGCAGCCAUUAUGACAUAUUUAUUACUCUAAUAUAUAGUUUUGAGAAAAAAUGAAUCACUUAAAAUAAAUUAUUGUAAUUUGGCAUUAAUGAUGACUAAUUUUGCUUCAUUAAUUUUUGAAAUUUCAAUUUAUCCAGAAUAUGAUUAUUAUGAUGGGUAUUUACUUGGAUCUAAUCAAAUGUUAGUACAUACAAUUUUGAUGUUUGCUUGUAAUUUAGAAUUAGGAAUAUUGAGUAAUAUUGUACUAACUAUUGUAAGAGUAAUUUUAGUAGUAGAAAAUUCAGAAAAUCUUACUGCAUAAUAAUAUUUUUAUUCAAUUAUUGUGUCAUUGAGUUUUAUGGUGAUUUAAUAUCAAUUAGAAAAAUAAUAUCGAUAAUCAUUUUAUCUAUAAUUCAAAGAUAAUAGUUGGGGUAUUAAUAAUUAUUUAUAUUAUAAUAGAAAUCUUAAUCCCAUUAUUAUUGAAAAAACCAUUUUUCAUUUUUACCUUUAAUAAAGAAUCCAAUAUGUAUUAAACAAUUAUGAGUUCUUAAAAGGAAUUCUUUAAUUCAGAAAAACCUCUUAGUACUUUCUUAUUUAAAUCUAAAGUAAAAUAAUAGACCUUAGAAUAAUAUAUAAUUAGGAAAACUAUUUACAAUUAAAAUAAUAAAUAAUCUUCUUGUUUAUUUAAUCAUCAAAUUGAUGUUGAAUAUUAGAUGAAGAAAUUGCAAGUUUCUAUAAUAUGUUGUAAAUUUGAAUAAAUGAUUUACACUAUUACUAUAGAUUCAGAAGAUCCAAUAAUAAAUUAAACCAAUAUAAAAUUAAACUAAGCAUUGUAAAAUUGUAGAAGUAUUUUAAACACUUAGAUUUUGUAAAUCAAUAAAAUUUUAGGUGUUUAUUUAUAAGAUACUUUUAGUCCUUUAUUAAGGGAUUUAAGAAUAUCUUUAUUUGAAGUAUAUUAUAAAUAAAUAUCAAAUCAAAAAUUAUAAUUAGUAAAAAUGAAAAAGUUAUUAUUAAAAUGUUCAAAAAUAUUCGAAACUCCUAAUACUAAAAUUAAAAUUGAUUGUAGUGAAUAAAUUCGAUUUAUUACUAUAAAACCAAUUUUAAUUAUAUUUCUAUUUGAAAUAUUUAAAUAAGUGGACAAGAAUUAAUAAAUAUAGAUAUUCAUAAAUCAAAAAAAUACAACAACAAUGUUUAUUUAUGGAUUAAAGUAAUUACCUAAAACUGUAUAAUUUAAAUAAUGUUAAUAAAUUCUAAUAGAUAAAACUAAUUAUGAAACUUAGUGUAAAAUAUUAUUAUGCAAAUUUAGAUUUUUCAUUUGA